GCGCCCGCCCACCCCGCGCCUCCGGAAGUUGCGGGCGCAGCGCCCGCUCCCCCUCCGCCCCCCCACCCCGUCCUUCCCCGGCCGGGCGCCCGCAGUGAUGGCGGCGGCGAUGGCGGCGCGGCGCGCGCGGCCCGUGCGGGUGCUGGUGGACAUGGACGGCGUGCUGGCCGACUUCGAGGGGGGCCUCCUGCGGGGCUUCCGCCGCCGCUUUCCCGGGGAACCGCACGUGGCGCUGGAAGAGCGCCGAGGCUUCCUCGCCCGCGAACAGUACCGAGCCCUGCGGCCGGACCUGGGGGACAAAGUGGCCAGUGUGUAUGAAGCCCCAGGCUUUUUCCUAGACUUGGAGCCUAUCCCUGGAGCCGUGGAAGCCAUGCGGGAGAUGAACAACAUGCAGGACACCGAGGUCUUCAUCUGCUCCAGCCCUCUUCUGAAGUACGAGCACUGUGUGGGUGAGAAGUACCGCUGGGUAGAGAAACACCUGGGGCCCCAGUUUGUGGAGCGCAUCAUCCUGACAAGGGACAAGACAGUGGUCUUGGGGGACCUGCUCAUUGAUGACAAGGACAGCAUUCAAGGCCAAGAGCAGACCCCAAGCUGGGAGCACAUCCUGUUCACCUGCUGCCACAACCAGCACCUAGCCCUACCCCCAUCAAGGAGACGGCUGCUCUCCUGGAGUGACAACUGGAGGGAGAUCAUAGAAAGCAAGCGAGGGGCUAGAACAGUGGAGAGUAGCUGAAGGAAGGGAAGGCAGGCCAGCAGGGAACCCUAGCAGAGCUGAACGACAGGGCAGUGUCGUGGUGGUGGCCCCCGGCACUGCAGAACAGGGAGACACAGUAACUGCUAUUCUCGCAAGCCAGCCACCUGGAACCCAACAAGAUGGCUGGCAAGGAAACUUGGUGGGAAAAUCACUCAGGAACCUUUUUAAUAAAACACUUUGGCUCAGCA